GUCGCUGUCAUGGCCCCGUUCAGGGAGGUUUUGUUUUGGUAUAUUGUUCCUUUUCGGACAUUUGGCAGUAUUUCUGGAAGAAAGCAGGUUCUUCAGUCAUGUGGACAUAUAACCGUGUUUCUAUUGGGUGGAAACAUAUCAGCCUGGUCUGUUUUUAUUUACUGUGGAGAGUGUAAUAUAUAGCAGUAGCGCUGGAGAAUUAAAGGGACAGCAGUUGUUGAAUUCAGGAUGAAUGACAUGAACCUGAGUCCUGUGGGCAUGGACCAGCUCAGUGUGCCCUCCGUAAGUGCCAGCCACCUGGGUCUGCCCACUUCUCCCACACACAAUCCCAUCCCCACCCCAGGCAUGCCAGUGGCCAUCCCGAGUCUAGGUCCCUCCCUUGGCUCUCUCCCCUCUGCCCUCUCUCUAAUGCUCCCCAUGGGUCCGCUGAGUGACAGAGGGGUGAUGUGCGGCCUGCCUGAGAGGAAUUACUCCCUGCCUCCUCCUCCAUAUCCCCACCUGGAGAGCGGUUACUUCAGACACCUACUGCCAGGUAUUUUGUCCUACCUGGCAGACCGUCCACCUCCUCAGUACAUUCAUCCCAGUAGCCUUAACAUGGAUGGGACCCUGUCUGUGGCCAGCAACAAUCCUUCAAAUCUGGACCCCUACAGUGGACCUGGGGGCCCACUGGAGCAGGGCCUGGUGCCCAUGGACUCAAGACAGGUCAGUGGUCAGGGAGACCUUCACCAGGCUGGCCCUCAUGAGCUGGACUCUACAGGGUUAGCCAUGGAGUCGCGUGUUAACAGCCCCCUGUCUCCAGACCGGAUGGGGGAGGAGCUAGCCAACAUGGAUGGGGUCGGGGUGGUGGCCGUGUCUGACGCCCAGCAGCAGCUCGGUGGAGGAAGGCAGCCUCAGCCUCAUGAAGGGCUGACAGGGGUGGACUCCUCAGGUGGGGUGAUGCCUCUCCAUGGGCCGCCUGUGCUGGAACUGCCUGUGGUGAUGGAAUCGGAUCACAUGGGAGGCAGAGUGGGAAGCUCUGGGACAGGAGGAGGAGCCGGAGGGCUCGGGGAUCAGCUCCAUGGGAAUGGAGAAAUGAACCCGAGUGUCGUGAGCGUGGUGCUCACCGGCUCCAUGUCCAACCAGAACCAACUGGAAACUGUCUCUCUCCAUGGACACUCGGGGAUGGGACUGGAGGCAGUGAACGUAUCCUCCAUCACUGCAGAGGUGUCCCUAGGCCCAGAAAACAACCUGGUCCUCGUCAACUCCACUCUGCAACUGGAAGAUCCUGCUCCCAGUAAGGAGAACAUGGCCCCUCCCUGCUCCGUCUGGUGCACACUGUGUGAGCGCUCAUAUACCUCAGACUGUCCGGAGCAUGGUCCAGUCACCUUUAUCCCUGAUGCACCCAUCCAGAGCAGGGCCCGCCUCUCUCUGCCACGUCCUCUGUGUCUUCGCAUUUCAGUGACUGAUGAACCACUUGGAGUGUUUGCACGGGACGUCAUUCCCCCUAGGACCUGCUUCGGACCAAUGGUGGGCCAGCAUUGUAGCAACGUGGAUCUCUCUGAUUGGCCAGAAAAGGACACACCUCAGAUUUGGAAGAUGUACCACAACAAUGUGUUGGAGUUCUACAUCGUGACGACGGAUGAAAACGAAUGCAACUGGAUGAUGUUUGUGCGCAAGGCGAGGACCCAUGAACAGCAGAAUCUGGUGGCAUACCCUGCCAAUGGUAAGCUGUUCUUCUGCACGACCACAGAGGUUCACCCUGACCAGGAGCUGCUCUUCUACUACAGCCGAGACUACUGCAGGCUGAUGGGUGUUCCUCAAGUCCCCGAUGGCCAGAUUUGCCAGUGCGGCAAAGAGUGUUCAUCGUUUUCUGAGCUAAAGUCUCAUCUCAACAACCAUAAUGGUAACCACAGUCAUAACCAGCCUCCGCACAGCCACAGCCCAUCACUGCAGGACCACUCUCAGAAUCAGCAACAACAACCAGCACCACCUCAGCAGCAACAAGAGCUGCAGUCACAGCAGCCACAACACGCUCCUUCUGAGGAAAAGCUCCUCAACGGCGCCUCAAGCUCCUCGUCCUCCCCGUGGCCCUGUAACAAUCCCACCGCGGGACAAACAAGCGGCGACAGCAGCGGCCGCAGCAGUAACAGGAACUCCAACAGCGUCACCUCCAGAGGAAAAGGCCAGGGCAGUGUGCGGGAGAAGAAGUUCAAGUGCAGCAUGUGCUCUCGGGCUUUCAUCACUUCCACUAAGCUCAAUGUGCACUUCAUGGGGCAUGUAGGGAUGAAGCCUCACAAGUGUGAGUACUGCAGCAAGGCGUUCAGUGAUCCCAGCAACCUCAGGAUGCACCUCAAGAUUCACACAGGUCAGAAGAACUACAAGUGCUCAGUUUGUGGGAAGUCGUUCACUCAGAAAUCUCACGUGGCUUCACAUAUGCUCAUCCACACUGGUGCAGAGAAGCUCAAAUGUGACCUUUGUGACAGAUCGUUCAUCCGAAAACAAGACCUGAGACAACACAUGUUCUCUCACACAAAUGAACGCCAUAUUCAGUGCACAAAGUGCAACAAACACUUCCUGAAAACCAACCACCUGAAGAAGCACAUGAACUCUCAUGAGGGCAAGAGAGACUUUGUCUGUGAGAAGUGCCACAAAGCUUUUCUCACUAAAUACCACCUCACACGUCACCUCAAGAUCUGCAAAGGGCCCAAGAGAGAAAGAACGACUCGAAAAGAACGGAAUGCUUUGAAGGAAGAGGAGGAUGAGGAGGAGGAAGAAGAAGAUGAUGAGGAGGAGGAGGAGGAUGAAGAAGAGAAUAACAGGAAGAAGAAGUGGUGGAGAGAGAAUGAAUGAUGAGGACUAUGGUUUAGAUGUUAGAGGUUAUAACUCUGAAAAAUCCCUGCCCCCUCCUCAUUAAAGAUAGUGCCUCUUGAUAUGUUUGCUUUACUUAUUUAUUUAAUGUACUAUUAUUUACUUCUCUGAAAUGCCACAUCCUACUAAAAACAUCUUUCAUAAAAAAAAUAUAAGCUGAUGCCACAUUAUAUGAGCAGCAUUGAUAUUUUAUGAGAAAUUUAAAAAGGAUUUUUUAUUUCUCAUAAAAUAUCAAUGCUGCUAUAGUAUUUGUUGUAUCUGUUUAUUAUGUUUUUUUAAUAUCUCUUGUCUUGAAUUCAUUGUUUAAUAUCCGGUCAGUUUUUUUAUGAUCUCCUCAAUCUCUGGGAACUAUUAUCCUGUUGGCCCUGCAGGAAUUGCCAUUUUCUUCAUGAGAGAAGUGCUCGUAUGUCCAUGUUUUGACAACUGUUUUGCAAUUAAAAUCGUUUUAAAUCUA